AAAAUUUUAAUACACGCUCGGAAAUGAAAGUAGAUAAAAUUAUAAAACAGUGGCUACCUUAAAUGCAACUUGUCGACUAGAAUUUUAACAGACUUUUAUACACAUUUUUCACAUGCAUUACUUUAUAUGUUGCUUAUAUUGUUAUAAAUGUUUGUUACAUUGCAAUGGGUAUAAAUUGUUUAAGCAUAUCGUGUGUUAAGCCUGUAAUGUGUUUAUGGACAAUAAAAUGUUAUAUUUUAUAUAUAAAAAAAAACUAUAAUCGAAAAAAAAAAAAAAUGUUCAUACCGGGAGUCGGUGCUAAAGAUGUUAGUAUUUUACGAAGCAGUUCUCCUCAGUCUACGAUCUCCUCGUGAAACGCACCGUCAGAGGUCAACAAGUCAACCCUCGAGCAUUAAGCAGAAAAGCUUUUAUUUGUGACCUGCAUAAAUGUAUGACACACAUACACAAGCAGGGGCUUGCAUAUUGAACUCUGCCCUCUUUUAGACGAUGUCAUCUGCAAGGUAGGCAAGCUUUUUUCUCUCUCUCUCCAUUGCCACACCCAUAUAACAGGGUCACAACGAGAAAACCCGCAGCUUGGGGCAUUGACACCUGUCGCAGUCAGGUAGAAGGUUGGCUGUUGACACGUCCAGGCAUAUAAACACCAAGAAACAUUGACUCUGGUUACAGGUCAGUACAGGUGUCAGGAGUGGAAACAGUGUUGUGAGUCGGUAGUGCAGCGACAGCUCGUGUACAGGUCAGGUGUUGCUGUCAUCAACAGAUCGGUGAAGGUGAAGGAAGAUGUGCUGUAAGGCUGAGACAGUUUUAUCAAUUAUUCUUGGAGUCAUAGACAUCUGUGGCCUUGCGAGCGACUGGCUUUUCUUCGCUGAACUGCAGGUCACAGAGAAAGGUCUGGUGUACGGACCAGAGGACGAGAAAGUUCUCAAUGCUCUCUUGGCCUUUUGUGUCAUCGGAACCGCCAUCUUCAUCUUUGAAGGCGUUAGCCAUAUAUACAGUCUAUGUAGUGACAGUGGUAAGGAAUGUAUCAACACAGACCUCAUCUCCUUCCUGGCCGUCCUGUUCGGAGACAUUCCUCAAGUCAGUAUCAGUGUGUACGUGGCCUACUGUCGGGAGGAUGGAGUGAGCUACUUUCAGUUGGCGAAGGCGGUGUUUGUCUUUCUAGGAAUCAUCAUCCGCCUCAUCAUUUCUAUCUACAUUUACUACAAGGGCAGGAAGCACAAAUGCCUCAAAGUUUUAAUGAUCAUUGGACUGGUGGUUAACUUGGGUUUGGCCAUCGCCGUCUUUGUCCUCGCCAACGUGCGGGCAACGGACGUGACUAUUAAUAGAUCGCCUAGCGAGGUCUUCGAGGAUCAAUACGACGAUGAAAAGUACUUCCGCAAUGUAGGUGUGUUCCUCCAGCACCCAGAAAACAGCAGUCAAAACAGCUGGGUCGGUGUCAUGUCUAUCUAUGACAUAUACAAACGCCCUGAGAUCUCUCUGCUGUACACCUAUAGAUACGAACAGUCUGCGACACAUUGGAACUUUGCCAUUUGGACUAAGAAGCUUCAGGAAGGUUUGACGACGACAGAAGGGCCACCAGAGUGUUACAGAAUGCAGCUGACAACAGGCAACAUUUCCACGGUGAACAUGUCUGACUGCUGGAACUCCCUGUUCUCACAGCCAACCAGCCUGCACAUCAAGUUUACCUACACACCACCAGAAUAUAUCAUUCGAAAAAAGAUAUUCGGCGACAUCGUGUACAACAUGAAGGUCUCGAAGAACAACUCCUGCAUUGCACAAGACAUGUUUGCAGCCAGUAUUAACGGACUUCCCUUACCAACCUUCGGUUAUUUCUACGUGAAUGCAAGUCUGGCAAACUUCACUGGACCUCAUCUCCUCCUGGACAACGGUCAGCCUCACCUCUACCGCCCCCAGACAGACCUUCAGGACAUCAGCGAGGUGUGGCGCACAGGCUAUGGCCGGUGUGAAAGUUCUGGAACUCGUGCUCCUACCUUCAACAGCAACAUGGAGGUUGACUGUAGCAACUGAUGAUAGCAGGACUGUGUGGCGGAUGAGUAAUCAGUACACUAAUAUUAUAGGGUCUGUGUAAUGGGGGAAUAAGUGUGGUUGUGUUCCACCCCAGAGAGAGAGAGAGCGAAGAGAAAGGCUUGUGUGAUGAGCGAAACAGUUUGAUGGAGGGGGUGUCCGUGGAAGUAUUCUGAAUAUAUAUAUAAUAUAUUCUGAAAGUAUAGGCGAAACAAUCAAAGUCUUUGUCAAGUGCUGAUGGCAUACCUAAAAGGUGUGUAUGGAGAUGCAGAUGUGCGGAGUCAAAAGACAAAUGACUAAAAAGUACAGAUACUUAAAUGAACACGAAAAGUCCUGUGAGUGUAUACAUGUCUAAGGGAGAGGAUAUGGCUGUCAAAGUCCUCGCAUUUUCGGUUCAAAAUUCAUGUCUCAGUCAGGUCGAUGCUUGUCCUGAAGCCACCAUGAAUCAAAAAGUGAGUUUAUCUUUCUGUACAGUCAGAAGGUGACAAGAAUUUACAGGGAAUGAAGUGAGUGUAGUCACAGAGUGUCACAGGUUCUAGGGACACACACAUGUUUACAAGAUAAAUUGAUACAGACUAAUAAAUUGAUACAGACUAAUUCAAGUCAAAGUGUGUGUGUGUGUGAGAGAGAGAGAGAAGUAUAUGCGCACAUGAAUAGCCUUGAUGUAAGUUUUUUUUAAUGAAUGUUACUUGUCCACAUCUUUUUCAUUUGUUCAUAUUUUCACUUGCUCACAUUUUUUUUAACGCCGCACCUUGUCAAGAACUUUAUUUUCACUUUUAUUUUUCUGACUCCAUCACCUUCCCAUGUUCAAAUUGUCCACUGGGACGAAUAAAGUUGGUCAUUGUCAUUGUGGGCGCACAGGUGUGCAUGUCUAUGUUUGUCGUUGCUGCCAGCUCUUGCUGUUAUUUAUUUAUUUUCUUCAGUCUUUUAAAGGUGGCACCGUGUUUGUCGUUUGUCGUACCAUCGUUAAUACACUUGGUCGAAAACAUGGCCAUGACCUGUCACACAGUAGACUGGGAAUUCCACCCGCGAUCUUUGUCACGUGACUCGCAGCCUUGGCGUGCUGCCAGCAGAGAGAGACAGGCGCGUGUUGACGUCACUAGAAGGCGGCCUCGUUUUUAUUUUUGUCCAAUCGACAUUGACGUGUGCAAAGUUUAAAAUAGAGGUAUUAAGUGUAUGCUAAAAAUACCCUAACACCGAGACGGGUACAGUUACAGUAUUUUCCUCCUCUCCCCGACACGCUUCGCUACACGCAGCCAGGUGCAGGCGCGGGUGGGACGAGUUCCCUGAGGACAGGGUUACAUCAGCAACGAAUAAAGCUGCCGGUCCAAACAAAGCAGGACACUACCCACCCCCAAAGAAAAAAGACAGCAACAAAAAACAAAACAACAACGAAACAAAACAACAAAAAACAAAAACAAAAAUCCAAAACAACAACAACCCCCCAAAAAAACAAACCAAAAAAACAACAACAACAAAAAAACCAAAACCAAAACAAACAAAAAACAAAACAAAAAACCCAAAACAAUCAGAACAAUCAGUCCACUUUCAGCACCUAGACGAUACUCUUAAGGUUUAAUAAGAAGGAUACACACAACCACUGUGUGACAUUUGUAGUCCUGAACUGUACACAGAAAUAUCGAAGACCAUUUUUUUUAUUCUAUGAACCGACAUGGUCGAAGAACGCUAAGAGUAUCAACUAGGGACAUCAAACAGGAAGUGGUCUACCCUGUGGUUAGGGUUAAGGUCACAUGCAUGCUUAAUUCUUUAAAUUCGUUCAUAUAAGCUACAGGCAGCCGACGAGAAGCAUUCGUGUCUGUCCCGUCAUGUCCUGUCUGUGUCCUGUCUGUCCACUAAUGGACGUUCCUUGCAUGUCCCUCAAAAUUUUGAGUUAUUUACUUAACAUACAUCUAUGUUGUUAUGAAACUUUUUAAAUAGAUUUACUGAAAUCUUUGGUCUAAGGAUUUCACGGCCGUGUGGGCCGGACGUUCUCCACCCCUGUUGUAAAGGCAGCUCCUUGUACAGCUGUGACGUCACACUGCGCACGCGAGCCAGGAACCGAGGGCCUUUGCAAGUGCGUUCAAUCUCUGCAUCUGUCUCUGCAGUUUUCUUUUAUAUUCCAGGAAAGAGAAGGUUUCCCUGGUUUCUGCGAAUAUGCAGGAUUUAAUUGUGUCUACACGGCUCAUGGUGCUGAACACAGACACAGGCUCCUCCAUUGAAAGUUGUAUGUACAAACAUCUCUACUUCAUCAAAGGCACUGUUAAAACAUGGAAAUGUAUCCAAGAAGAGCUCCUACGUUCAGCGAGUCAGAGGCACGCAGUCUAAGGAGCUGUGUCGUCUUCUUUACAGUAAUCGUAGACUUUCUGGACUUAGUGAAUGGAUUACAUAGCAUGAAUCAAAUUAGUAAGAAGACUUCUCCGAACGAUGUACCUGCCCUUCACUGCUGCGGCUGCAUCUGCCUUUCAUUCUCAGUGUGCUGUCUUCUGCUCACGAUGUUCAAUAUCCUGGAAAUUUGCAACUGUUCAUGUCUCCCACGCAUCGACACACUGUCUGGUCUGACUGUGUGGUUUGGAGACAUGCCCCAAGCUAUUCACAAUAUACGCUUCUCAAAGAGCCACUUGGAUCCCCGCACCUUAUUUGGUUGGCCACAUGCUGCUGCAGUUUUGACAGUGUCAUUGGUGCGGCUUUUCUUACUGAUCGUCAGGCAGUCCACAUACCACGACGACGAACAGUGUACACCUCGUCAAUGCAUCCAGAUGGUUGGUUUCCUCUUUAACAUCCUUCUUUCUAUUAUUGCCCUUUGGUCCAAACCGGCCUGACCCUUGACCCUUGACCAAACACGCGACUGCGGCGUACAAGAAAGCUCUCCAGACCAUAUAAGUAGAACUUUCUGAAAAUACUGAUGGUUGACCUUUUCGGCAUAGAAAUUACAUUUGAUAAGUAAUAUUUCUUUUAUGAAAAAUCAAAUCAAAACAAAUUAAAGUGUGCUUUACAAAAAUGAUGACUUGCAUUAUGUACAAUAUUUAAGCAUAGUUUAUCUUCCGUAGAAAGAACGCUUGUUGGACUAAUCAUAACAUGGUGGUUGAACCGUUUUUCAAACAAUUUUUAUCAGCAAACUGUGUUAUGUAU